CAACAUUUUUGUCGCGUCCAAUCUGGAAAUGAAAUCCUGAGAGUCUUGCCAGAGUUGGGGUGCGCUCCCGUCGUCUCAACCAUUUGGUGUAAGGUGGUUCUAGUGAGUCUAUUUCAAGUUUUCUGUCCCUGUUUAACUUGUGUUCCCCUCUCUAAUCCUUCCUCCAUCCCUCCUCCCCUUUUCCCCCCACCUCCAUCCUCUCGUCUUUCUUCUCGAGGAUGGUUUCACACGGCAGAAUGGAGGAGAGGAGUGAGGAGUGUUUCUCUGUCCGGGUUUUCACACUGCAGGAGAAACGGACAGUGGAGGACGAGGACAUGGACACACAUGACCAGCAGGUCAGUGUGUGCAGACAUCGGGCCGAGCAGGAGCUCCGUGUGAUCCUCAGCACGCGGCCAGAGGCUCAGCAGCUCACUGUGCACGACGCCAACAGAACACUCUUCCAGUUCGCCGUUUCCAAGGAGACGGAUUGCUGCCAGGUCGGAGGACAGUCCUUCCUGUUUACCGUCGGCAAGCUGAGUCUCCUUCUGCGGUUCAAAACUCCAACUGAUAUGAAGAACUUCCGGCAGUUACUGAAGAGAGGGGAGGAUGAAGGGACUGGGAAAGGUUGCACAGAAGGAGAUGAGAGAGGAAAGCCAACACCUUCUAGGAGACAUCCCACUGUGGUUGAAUCCAGAGCUGAAAAUGUCCCCACACAGAUCUCCCAGUUCCACAGCUGUCUGUCGCAGCAGCAGAGCCUGCUUCAGGACUACCUAAGGAUCGCCACCUACCAUCGAGCCAUUUUAGUCAACGAGAGAGACUUCAGAGGCAAGGUGGUUCUGGAUGUGUGUCGUGCUUCUGGUGUUCUGUCUUUCUUUGCAGUCCAGGCAGGAGCCAGUAGAGUGUAUUUGGUGGAGUCCAGCCCAAUGGCCAAGUUUACACAGAUCCUGGUCCACAGUAACCGUCUAUCGGAGCGGAUCAGCGUCCUGGAAGGGGAAGUGGACGAGAUCAUCUGUCCUGACAUGGUGGAUGUUAUUGUCUCUGAGCCGAUGGGAUACAUGCUGCUCAAUCAGAGGCUCAUGGAGAGCUUCUUGCGAGCCAGAAAAUGGCUCAAACCCAACGGUCUGAUGUUUCCUUCAUUUGGAGAUCUUCAUCUGGCUCCCUUCAACGACGAGCAGCUCUACCUCGAACACUACGCACGAGCGAGUUUCUGGCAGCAGAGAAAACUCUACGGAGUGAACCUGAGUGCUCUUCACAGCGCUGCAGUGGACGAGUUCUUCAGGCAGCCCAUAGUGGACACAUUCGACGUGCAGAUCCUGAUGGCCAGGUCUGUGAAGCACUGCAUCAACUUCAUGGAGGCUAAAGAAGAAGAUUUACAGCGAAUAGAGAUCCCCUUUGUGUUUUCCCUGCUGCAGCCCGGUCUGGUCCACGGACUCGCCUUCUGGUUCGACGUGGCCUAUUUGGGAUCCAAGUCGACAGUGUGGCUGUCCACGGCACCCACAGAGCCUCUGACCCGCUGGUAUCAGGUCAGAUGUUUGCUGCAGACGCCGCUUUUCGCCAAGCUGGGACAGACGCUGUCUGGGACUGUCCUGAUGGACGCCAACAGCAGCCAGAGCUAUGACGUUCACAUCACCGCCACAGUCGACCAAUCAGGCUUCAGAUCUGGAAACGUCCUGGACCUCAAGAACCCUUUCUUCAGGUAA